UCAACUACGGACUACCCAAUUUCCGUCAUUUUCUUCAUUUAUGAACAUUUCAUACACGCAAGCGACAAACACAUAUUCUUGAUUUAUUCAAAAAAAAAAAAAAAAAAAAAAAAAAACACAUAUUCUUGAAAUUUCUGAAUUUGGGAUUAUUAUCUCAUCAAAAUCCCUAUUUUUUUUUAUUUAUUUUUUUUCUCUUGAAUAUCCUUGAUAAGGGUAUUGUUUUUUCCUUUUUUUUCCACCCAGAAAAUUUGAUUGUUGAGUUUAUCAUUAUUAUAUUUUUUUUUUCACUUUGUAAUUGUAAUUGUUGAUAAUUAUAAUAAAAAAAAAUGGGGCAGCAACAAUCAAAGGAUGAAUUGUUGUACCAGCAAGUCUCUUAUGGCAACAUCGAUGGCAUUAAAUCUCUACACAGUGAAGGUGCUGGACUUGAGUAUGUAGAUAGAGAAGGGAAGACUCCAUUAGCACUUGCUUGUUUGAAUCCAGCACUCUAUAAUGUUGCUAAAACUUUGAUAGAGUUGGGUGCCAAUGUCAAUGCAUAUCGCUCAGGCGGUAAUGGAGGAACACCUUUACAUCAUGCUGCAAAACGGGGCCUGGAAAAUACUGUGAAAUUGCUUCUUUCGCAUGGAGCAAAUGCUCUAAUGGUCAAUGAUGGUUGUCAAACUCCACUAGAAGUUGCUAGAGCAAAAGGCUACAGCAAUGUAGUUCGUGCGAUUGAGAAUCACAUUUGCUUAUACUCUGGCUGGUUGCGGGAGCUUUAUGGACCAGGAUUUCUGGAGCUGCUAGCCCCACAGCUCAUUUCUAGAAAAGUGUGGGUAGCUGUUCUUCCAUGUGGUUCUCGUAAUCUCAGAAAACCUUUCAAGUUGGAGCUUGCCAUUUAUACAAAUAUACAGGAUGCUCAACCUCGUACUUCUAUUGCUUUAUGGAGGGCCAAUAUGGAGGAACCGGAUUUCAACCAGCCUGAUCCUGCAGUUACAAUUUCCGAAGCAUCUGCCAUUCCAAGGCGUCGAAGAAGGAGAAGUUGUAGGCCUCGACAUGUUAGUCAGGCGCGCAUUAAACUCGCACCACUUAAUGAAAGUGACAAGCAACAACUUCAGCAGUUCUGUAGUGCAUGCAAGGGGAUACCACAGGUGAUGCAUGCCAAUUUCCCCUUUAACACUCCUACACCAGUUGCUUCAAUAACUGCCCCGCCAGCUGCUGCAGAAGCCUCGCCAAUUGCUGCGGAUACCUCAUCUGAUCCCAAGGAAGAUUUGGAAUUAGCCAUGGCAAUAAAUGCAUCUCUUCAGUCAGCUAUGGAAGAGGGCAUCCCCCUCGACCAUGCCCAUGCUUCCAAUGAAGCAAGUUCAUCUACCGCUAUUCAUUCUGUUCCCCUCAAUGGUCAAGUUGACCCUACUUCAAACAAAGGAAGUUGCUCAGAACAAUUUGUUGAGGAAGGAGGGCCUAGCGGCACUUCUGCUAUAUCAAGCAGUGACGCUCCAACACCAAUGCCAAUUCCAUCAGCCCCAACUCUAACCGAUGAGGUUCUGCCCGAUGGUCCAAUCCAUUAUCCAACCAUUGAUCCAAACAUGUUUGAAAAGGACUAUACUACAGAAGAUGGAAGCAAGAGAGCUGGAUCUUCUUCAUGUGUAAUAUGCUUCGAUGCUCCAGUUGAGGGAGCAUGCGUGCCCUGUGGCCACAUGGCUGGAUGCAUGUCGUGUUUGAAUGAAAUAAAAGCCAAGAAAUGGGGUUGUCCUGUAUGUCGCACCAAUAUUGACCAAGUGAUUAAGGUGUAUGCUGUUUGAGCCAUGUCAUAAUCGCCUUAAAAUGAUAUGUUUUCUGUGGGUGAAAUGCUACAUGCUGCAGUGAUAUACAUCUGAUACUUUUUGGCUUGCAAUUUUGUAUUAUAUGAUACCAUAAUACAGAAGAUAAUUUAUGCCGUAUGUACUAUAUGUAUGAAGUUCAAUUCAUCAGAUGCCGCCAUCGCCUGCCUUUAAGACAGGGAAAAUGUUAUUACUAGAGAACUAUAUAUACUUGUAAUUUCUUAAUCAUAAAUGUUUGUAAAUAUGUCCGAGUUCAUAUGCAGUACCUGCUUUUUGUACGUGUGAUAUCUUAAUGCAAAUACGUAUACGAGUACCUUCUUUUUGUUUUA